AGCGUCCAGCGCACGUAUAUUGUUUUAUCGCAGUGCGACCCUAGGCCCUAUAGUGAGUGACAUCGAUGGAUCGCUGGAAAGGAAAGGUGGCCAUCGUAACGGGCGCUAGUUCGGGGAUUGGUGCGGCCGUCGCUAAAGCACUGGCCAGUGCCGGUAUGGUGACCGUGGGGCUGGCAAGACGCGUCGAGCGUGUUGAGGCACUGCGCAAGGAGCUUCCACCGGAAGCAGCCGGUCGGCUUCAUUCGCUACCGUGCGAUGUGACGCGCGAAGAAUCGAUCCUGUCGGCGUUUGCCACGGUGCAGCAGCUGUUCGAUGGUGUCGAUGUACUGAUCAACAAUGCCGGCAUAUCGCGCCGUUCGAUCACACUGGUGUCGCCGGGCAAUACGCAGGAUCUGCGUGCCGUACUGGAUACGAAUGUGCUCGGGCUAGUGCUGUGUACCCGGGAGGCAUUCAGUUCGAUGCGUGCCCGUGGUGUCGAUGGCCACAUCAUCAACGUGAACAGCAUCCUCGGGCACAAGUAUGUUCCCUUUCUGAAUCUCAACAUUUACGGUGCCUCGAAGUAUGCCGUGACGGCCAUUACGGAAACGCUGCGGAAUGAUUUCCGGAACGCGGACACCCGUGUGAAGGUGACGAGCAUCAGUCCGGGUAUUGUGCGUACGGAGAUGGUACCGGAGGGGGAUGAGUUUGCAGAGACGCCCAUGCUGGAGGCGGAAGAUGUAGCGAAUGCCAUCGUGUAUGCCCUCGGUACACCGCCCCAUGUGCAGGUGCAUGAGCUGAUCAUCAAACCAGUGGGUGAACUCGCCUAAUGUCGGCGAAAUAGUACCCAGAGUGUUUAAUAAAAUGGUUCGAACAGCAAAAUCGAACCACAAAUCGGAGCUGUUGUGCUUUACUGGAUUUGUAGUAUCCAAAGAAAUGCUUAUAAGCACCCCCUGAUAAUGUCUCGACCAAUGUGCCAUCUCAUCGGUAUCGGUAAUGUAAGCAGGAGCGGCACACGUGCGUCAGGAAUUUGCUGCGUCAGUGAACAGUAGCGGAGUGCAAUAAUCAUUGGUAAUCUGAUGGGUGAUAAUGAGCCUUUGCUGUACCAGCUUUUAGACGCACAAUAUUGUUUUUUUACACAAAUCGUCUGAGUAAUAAAUUGCGAAAAUAUUAGCAUAAUGGGUAAUAUAUUUUCGGGAAAUUAAGAUAGCAGACGCGAGCAGGUUUGUACUGCUAUUUAUUUGAGCUAUUUUUUUUCAAAUUCGGAUUUUCUGAUACCCAGAAAACAGGUAAAGAAAUAACACUUUUAGUUAAAACAGGCAGGAAUAGUGUUUUCCGUUCAAUUUUUAAUACAUGAAAA